AUGUCAAAUGAUCCCGAAGAUCAAAUGGAAGAAAGUUCAGGUGAAAGUGAGGAUGAAGAUAUGGAGGAAGAGGGAAACGAUGAAGAAGAUUCAGGACCAAAAACAUAUCUUCCCGACCAACCUUUAAGGGAGGAUGAACAUUUAAUUUGUGACCAGUCUGCUUAUGUUAUGCUUCACCAGGCACAAACAGGGGCACCGUGUCUUAGCUUUGAUAUUAUUCCGGAUAACUUAGGCAAUGACAGGACCCAGUUCCCAAUGACGGCAUAUUUGGUUGCUGGAACACAAGCAUCAAGUGCACACUUAAAUAAUCUUUUAGUUAUCAAGAUGUCAAAUUUGCAUCCUACAUCAAAACCUGAAGAUGAUGAAGAUUCUGAAGAGGAUGAAGAUGAUGAUGAUGAAGAGGAAGAUGAAGAAAAGAAACCACAAAUGACAUUCUCAUUUAUAAAACACCAAGGGUGUGUUAACAGAAUAAGGGCUACAAAUUUCAAGAAUUCUGUCUUAGCAGCCAGCUGGUCUGAAUUGGGUAGAGUAGAUAUUUGGAAUGUUACUCAACAAUUACAAGCUGUAGAUGAGCCAGCCUUACUUGAAAGAUAUAAUCUUGAUACAGUUAAUAACCCUGUCAAGCCAUUAUAUUCAUUUAAUGGGCAUCAACAAGAAGGAUUUGGUCUUGAUUGGUGUCCUACAGAACAAGGUGUAUUAGCUACUGGUGAUUGUAGAAGAGACAUCCACAUAUGGAAACCCAAUGAGGGUGGUACUUGGACAGUUGAUCAAAGGCCUUUAGUUGGUCAUACAAGUUCAGUUGAAGAUAUCCAAUGGUCACCAAAUGAAAGAAAUGUUCUAGCAACAUGUUCAGUGGACAAGACUAUAAGGAUAUGGGAUACAAGAGCACCUCCUCAUAAGGCAUGCAUGCUUACAGCUGAAAAUGCACAUGAAAAUGAUGUAAAUGUUUUAUCAUGGAACAACAAAGAACCCUUUAUUGCUAGUGGUGGUGAUGAUGGUUUCCUUCACAUAUGGGAUUUAAGGCAAUUCCCAACCAGUACACCCAUAGGAACUUUCAAGCACCACACAGCACCAAUCACAUCAGUUGAGUGGCAUUGGUCCGAGCCCAGCGUGUUAGCUUCUGCUGGUGAAGACAAUCAGGUGGCUUUGUGGGACUUGGCUGUUGAAAGGGAUGAUGAAGAAGUUGUUGAUGAAGAAUUGAAGAAUCUUCCCCCACAAUUGCUGUUUAUUCAUCAAGGGCAAACUGAUAUCAAAGAACUCCAUUGGCACAAGCAAAUGCCUGGUGUGAUAGUGACGACUGCACAUACUGGUUUUAAUAUAUUUAAAACAAUUAGUGUA